AAAAAAAAAUCAUUUUAGGUACCCGGCUAGCUUGCUGUCAAACCUCUUCGCGAGUUCGCCAGUUAAGACAUGGGCAAAUGCAAAUUUUCGGACCUCUGGCUGGAGGAAUCGUUGUUUAAAGAAUGGCUUAGGCCAGUAGUUGGCAACAGCCAAGAGGCUUAUUGCAACGUCUGCAAGAAGACGAUAAGCAUUACCUGGAUGGGGGUGAAGGCGGUGAAAUCGCACAUGCUAUCAAGUAGCCACCAAGCUAGGAUGCGUGGACGUAAUGCUCAGCUACCGCUGUCACUGUUUUACACUGGCACAACGGCUACAUCGACGCCCUCAACCUCAACUGCUCCUUCAACCUCCACUGCUCCCUCAACCUCGCUUGCUCUCCCCCUGCAAUACCCUGCCAGUAGUCCUACCACCAGCAACAGGUGCACGACAGACGGUCAGAAGCAGACGCUAGGCACUACCACCUCUACCUUGCAGGCUGAGGUACUGUGGUGUUUAGAUGUAGCAAUGAAACACCACUCGUUCAACUCGAACGAAGGCAUAGGAGAGCUGUUCAGAAAUAUGUUCCCGGACUCCGAAAUCGCCAAAUCCUUCGCUUUGGGCAAGGAUAAAACCGGGUACAUAAUAAAAUUUGGCAUCGCACCCUAUUUUAAGAGGCAACUGGUUGAGGCCAUAAAUAAUGCCGGACCGUACGUCCUUAUGUUCGAUGAGAGCCUCAAUCAAUCGUCAAAGAAAAAACAAAUGGACAUACACAUUCGUUUUUUGGAGGAUGGUUGUGUACGCUCGAGGUAUUUUGGCUCACAAUUCCUGGGACAUGGGAGAGCUGACGAUCUGUUGCAGCACAUCAAAGAAUGUGUUGCAAAACUCAACAUGAGGCAGCUUCUCUCAGUAGGAAUGGAUGGCCCAAAUGUAAAUUUCAAACUCCUGGAUCUCCUUCAAAAGGAACAUGCUGAGCUGCAUGGAGGUGCUCAAGUCCUGAUGGUUGGGAGCUGUGGACUCCAUACCCUCCACAAUGCCAUGAAGGCAGGCUUUACAGGCUGGCAAAUUGACAAACUCCUGCGCGCUCUCCAUUACCUCUUCCACAACGUUCCUGCCCGGAGAGAGGACUACACCAACAUCACCGGGUCGUCCUGCUUUCCCCUCUCUUUCUGCGGCCACAGAUGGGUGGAAAAUGUGCCGGUUGCAGAGAGAGUCCUGGAAGUUUGGACCAUGAUUCAGAAGUUUGUCAAUGCUGUUGAGGAUAAGAAGGUCACAAAACCAAACACGGCCUCUUAUGAUGCCAUCCUGGCAGCACAAGGGGAUCCACUCUUAAUCCCAAAGCUUCAAUUCUUCCUCGCCAUUGCGAGAAGUUUUAACCCAUUUCUCAAGAAGUACCAAACAGACGAGCCAGUGUUGCCUUUUUUGGCAGAAGAUUUAACUGAGCUCCUGUUGAGUUUACUGCGGCGGUUCAUCAAAAGGGAACUCCUACAGGACCAAACCCCCCUGCAGCUGAUUAAAUUGGACAUCUCUGAGGAGAAGAACUGGGUCUCCCUCAAAAGGGCACUCCUGGGCAAACCAGGAUCAAAGAUAGGUGAACUCUCUGUACUCCACCUCAGAAAAGAGUGUUUGCAGGGUCUGAUUAAGAUCGUAAAGAAACUGCAGGAGAAAUCGCCAUUGAAAUUCCCCAUAGUUAGGCAGAUCACCUGUUUGGAUCCCACAAGGAUGGCCAGGGAUCCAGAGUGGUGCAUCCUACAGAUGAAGUCAUUAGUGCAGGCUUUCAUCCAGGGGCAGCAGCUGGCAGGUGGCAUUGCAGCUGGUGAUGUCAUCAUUCAGCAAUUCACAUCCUUUCUCUCGGUCGUGGGCAGAGAAGAAGAAUUUGUUUCCUUCCAACCCCUGAGGCAGCGUCUGGAUGUCUUUCUCCACUCUAAACUCUGCACGUCCCACCCUGACCUGCUAAAGUUCUGCCAAAGUGCUCUCCUCCUGUCCCAUGGACAAGCCACAGUGGAGAGAGGCUUCUCAGUAAAUAAGGAGGUAGAAACGUGCAACCUCCGUGAUGAAUCUCUCGAAGCCCUCAGAUUAAUCUGCGAUAAGGUAAUUGUCUGUGGCGGCGUUCUGAAAGUUCCUCUGACCAAGGAGCUCCUGGCCUCUGCUGCUUCAUCGAGGUCACAAUACAGGCUAUACCUUGAUAGUGAGCGGGAAAAAAAGGAGAAUGCCACACAGGAGCUGAAGAGGAAAGCAGCAGAGAAAGAGCUGGAGGACCUCCGGAACCGGCGGCAGAUUGAGGAGGAACAAUGCGGAUCUCGUCCUGGUCUUGGAACGACGGGCCAGCUUUUUACUCUCGCAAGGAUCCUGGAGGGGGCCUGGGAGUACGCUCAUCCGGUCUACAUGUGCUUUGUGGAUUUGGAGAUGCUGUGGGAGGUGCUGCGGGAGUAUGAGGUGAGGGGGUCUCUACUCAGGGUCAUCCAAUCUCUCUACUCCCAAAGCGAGAGCUGUGUCCGGGUUCUCGGUAGCACGUCGGACCGAUUUCCGGGAACAAUGGAGCGUGAGAUGGGCCGGAGUAUCGGAGCAGCGAGAGCGGUACUGCAGUCGCUUUACUGCGCUGUUGUGGCGAAAAGAGAGCUGAGCCAGAAGGCAAAGCUCUCUGUCUAG